AGAGAGAGAGAGGGAGAAAGAGAGAGAAAGAGAGAGAGAGAGUCUUCAAAGUGGAGCUGUAUUCCACAUGGCUUCGUUGCCGCUGGGGCCUCAUCCACCAGAGAAUGAGGGAGUGAAGAUCGCGCCUCGCCUGCCGAAGAUGGGAGACGAUAAGGAAAUAUCGGCAUCUGUUAUCGAGGGGAAUGAUCCGGUCACUGGCCACAUCAUUUCCACUACAAUCGGUGGCAAAAAUGGCGAACCGAAGCGGACAAUUAGUUACAUGGCAGAGCGUGUUGUGGGUACUGGAUCAUUCGGAAUUGUCUUUCAGGCUAAAUGCUUGGAGACUGGAGAGACCGUAGCUAUAAAAAAGGUCUUACAGGACAGACGGUAUAAAAAUCGAGAGUUACAAUUGAUGCGUUCAAUGGACCACCCAAACGUGAUCUCUUUGAAACACUGUUUCUUCUCAACCACGAGCAAGGACGAGCUUUUCCUCAACUUGGUCAUGGAAUACGUCCCAGAAACUUUGUAUCGGGUUCUGAAGCACUACUGCAAUGCAAACCAGCGGAUGCCACUUAUCUAUGUGAAACUUUAUACAUAUCAAAUUUUUAGGGGCCUAGCUUAUAUUCACAGUGUACCCGGUGUUUGUCAUAGGGAUGUGAAGCCUCAAAAUCUUCUGGUGGAUCCUCUUACCCACCAGGUCAAGCUUUGUGAUUUUGGAAGUGCAAAAAUUCUGGUCAAGGGAGAAGCAAACAUAUCGUACAUAUGCUCUCGCUACUACCGUGCUCCGGAGCUUAUAUUUGGAGCGACCGAAUAUACAACAUCAAUUGAUAUAUGGUCAGCUGGUUGUGUUCUUGCUGAACUGCUUCUUGGCCAGCCAUUAUUUCCUGGAGAAAGUGCAGUGGACCAGCUGGUUGAAAUCAUCAAGGUUCUUGGUACUCCAACUCGGGAGGAAAUUCGUUGCAUGAAUCCUAAUUAUACUGAUUUUAGGUUUCCUCAGAUCAAAGCUUGCCCUUGGCACAAGGUUUUCCAUAAACGAAUGCCUCCAGAAGCGAUCGAUCUUGCUUCACGUCUUCUCCAGUACUCGCCUAGUCUUCGCUGCACUGCGCUAGAGGCAUGUGCACAUCCCUUUUUUGAUGAACUCCGGGAGCCCAAUGCUCGCCUGCCAAAUGGCCGCCCCUUACCUGCUCUCUUCAACUUUAAACAAGAAUUGGCCGGUGCUUCACCAGAGCUUAUCAACAAGCUGAUUCCGGAGCAUGUUAGGCGGCAAUUUGGUCUUUGUUUCAUGCACCCGGCAGGCACGUAAGAUGACCGGCAGAGAUUCUUCUUCUUGAUGUAUGCUAAGGAAAAAAGGCCUCUUUAUGGUGGUUAUUGUUGCAUCGAGGCCAUCAAAUACAGUGCCCAGCAUUAUGAAGUUCUAGACCAAAUGGGCAGCUGCUCUUUUGGAGUUGGUGCUUGUUUACUUUCAGGCAACAUAUCUGUGUUGUAUACUUGUCUGAUGAAUAGGAUAGUUUCGAUGCAAUCGGUAAGGAAGCCAUGAGUGUGAGAAGAUGCGGGGGCGAGAAGCAUGGCCGGAGGAAAGGGUGGGCUUGUUUACCUGGUCUUCUUUUAGUUUCGUGGUGGCUGCUUGCUGCAGACUCCCAAUGCACAAAGGUUGGUUGGUUACUGUCCCUUCCAUGCUGUUUUAAUCCGCAGGGCUCUCUAGUUUUUUUACAUUGGAUAUCGAUGUGGUUUCUUCCAAGUUUUAUCAACUUGUAUACAUGUUUUUAGUCUGUGUUCUGGAGCUAGAAAAAUGGAAAUUCCUGUUGUACUCA